AUGGUAAAAGCGCGAAAAUACGUGGUCAAGAACUAUUUUCAAGGUGCUCCAAAGAAGACAGACUACGAAGUAGUAGAAGAAGAACUUCCAACUCUGAAGGAUGGAGAGGUUCUGACCAAAGCUGAAUGGAUCAGCGUAGACCCGUACUUACGUGCUUACAAUCCACAACAAAAGGUACCUUACGAUCAAUAUAGCAUUCAAGUAGCUGUUAUUAUAGAAAGCAAAAAUGCCGAUUAUCCAGUAGGAUCAAAGGUCAUAUCACAAAAAGGUUGGGUUGAUUACUCUAUCGUGAAUCCCAAAACUGAACAGAAAUUCUACAAACUACCGAAUCUCGAUGGUUUAUCGCCUUCAUUGGGAGUAGGUGCUGUCGGCAUGACUGGUGUAACAGCCUACUAUGGUUUCCUAGAUCUCUGUAAGCCCAAGGAAGGUGAAACUGUAGUCGUAACGGGUGCCGCCGGGGCUGUAGGCUCCCUUGUUGGCCAAAUAGCUAAAAUUAAGGGAUGUCGCGCCAUAGGCUUCGCAGGAUCUGAUGACAAAGUUAAAUGGCUGGAACAGGAGUUGGGAUUUGACAAAGCCUUUAACUACAAGACAAUUAACGUUGCUAAAGCUCUAAAGGAGGCAGCUCCAAACGGAGUCGACUGUUACUUCGACAAUGUCGGUGGGGAAAUUAGCAGUGUAAUCAUGCGUCAGAUGAAUUUAUACGGCAGAGUUUCUGUGUGUGGAAGUAUCAGUGCAUAUAAUGAAUAUCCUAAACAGCCGAAAGCCACUAUCCUACAGCCAAUUAUUGUGGCUAAACAAUUAAAGGUUGAAGGUUUUUUAGUAUGGCGUUGGGAGAAUUGGAGUACGGCCUUCACUGAUCUAGUAAAGUGGAUCAAAAGCGGCGAGUUAAAGGCCGAAGAACAUGUAACUGAAGGAUUUGAUAAUAUAUUUGAUGCUUUCAUCGGUAUGCUUGCUGGUGAGAACAAAGGAAAAGCAGUUGUGAAAGUUUAA